GAACUCAACAAUCAAAGCUUCUGACUUUUGUCCUUCAAAAAUCUCCCAACAAUGUCUCUGUCUCCGACUCCCAUAUCUUUCCUCCCUCUCUUCCUCCUUCUCCUCCCCCUCACGGCCUCCUCCUCCAUCCAAACCCUCCUCCAGAGCAAAGGUCUGCCUGCCGGCCUCUUCCCGGAUAAUGUCAAAUCCUACAAUCUCGACCAGAAUGGCCGCCUGGAGGUGCACCUGGAGCAGCCAUGCAUGGCCAAGUUUGAUGGGAGAGUGUACUUUGACAGCGUGGUUCGAGCCAAUCUCAGCUAUGGUGGGCUGAUGGGUCUGCAGGGUCUUUCUCAGGAAGAGCUGUUUCUUUGGCUUCCAGUGAAAGGGAUCAUCGUGACCGAUCCUUCCUCUGGCUUGAUCCUGUUUGAUAUUGGUGUUGCAUAUAAAGAACUCUCUCUUGCCCUUUUUGAAGAACCUCCUGUUUGCAAACCUUCAGAUAAUUUGUCAGAGGAUGUUGGAAAGAAGAACAGGGGAUAUCAAGAUCAGAGAUAAGAUGUUUAUAUUCCUUCAAUUAUUCCAUGGAGAAUUUUGGUCUUUUUUUUUUUAAAUGUUAAUAUGGGUGUAAUUAAGGAUUGAGAAAAAUGUGGGAUAAGAUUUUACUACCAAAGUGAUAGGAUUGUGGAAUUUUAAAUGCUGUCUUUUUCUUUUUCACAUCCUAUUUCCAUGGAAUUUUUUUAGCUUUUGAUCUUUAAUUAACCAUUGGAUUCUAUUCAAUCUCAAUCAAUGGAUCUAUAAUUA